AUGCAGCAGAGCAGCGCUCCAGAGUUCAUUCUCGAGGCCUUUGCGGACCCGGCCUCCGUACGGGAUGUCGUCAAAGGAAUCCUCCACACAAUCUUCUUCCACCGCUUCUUCCCCGCCGUCGUUCCGUACACCCGCGAAGUCCUAGAUCUGACCCUCCCCUACGUCGACGACGUCGAGCUCGAGACCAUGAUCGAGCAGCGCGCCACCGCCCUCGUCCGCCAGCUCGACGCGGAGCGCUCCUCGUCCGGCUCCGGCGGCGGUGGUAGCGGCGGCGGGCGCGGCCAGCUCACCGUCCAGUUCUUUGAGAAGAAGCGUCGCAAGGCCUGGCUCAUGCGCGGCGACGAGGAGGUCUGUUGGGAAUGCUGGACCGUAAAAGUCACGGUCGCGGAGCCCAGGACGGAGACUGGUUGGUUCUACCUACCCCUUUGCCCUCCUUUGGCAACCCGGCUGACCGUUGUCGGUGAAACUUUUCCAGAGCGAGCCAAAGUCCGAAAAGCCAUGGAGACGACGCUCAUGACGACCGUCAUGAAGGUCAUCACCUUCGUCAACGCGCACAAGGAUCACAUCCCUCCGAUAACGACGCAGGGGUCGAACCCGUUUCCCUACCAGAUCAAUAUUAACCAAAAGGAGUCAGGGUGGGCUACGAGGAUGGGCAUUUACUAA